AUGACAUUCCUCCGCAGGUUGCAAUGGAACGACUCCGUUCUAAUCCAUCCCCCCGGGUUCUACAUCAUCGGCUUCACCUCCCUGCCCUUUGCCAACCUCUACUUCAUCUUCCUCGCUUUCGUUUACGUGGUGUCGGUCGUGUUCAACACAUGUGUGAUCUAUAUAAUAUCCGUGGACCUUCGCCUCCACAAUCCCAAGUAUAUCGCGGUUGGUAACCUCGCGGUGGUUGAUCUGGUGCUGAAUACUUGCAUUAUUCCCGGUAUGCUAAAGGCGUUUCUUGCUAAGAACAAUUUUGUGCCGUUUAAUCUGUGUAUGGUACAGAUGUAUGUGUAUUAUUCCUUCAUAUCUAUGGAAUCGUUCUCCAUCGCCGUACUCGCCUAUGACCGUAUGAUCGCCAUAUGUUUUCCUCUGAGGCACGGCUCCAUCAACACCAUGACGAGUAUGUCGUGUAUUCUCGGUGUCAUCUGGUGCUUCUGUCUUGGUAUACCGAUAUUCAGCACAGCCAUUAUGACCAGGCUGUCCUACUGCGAUUCCGUUAACGUCUACAGCUAUUUCUGUGAUUACGCACCAGUGUUUCGGCUGGCAUGUAACGACAACUCCCUGCAAUGGGCUGUGGCUUCAGUUCUGAGCCUGGUUAUCCUCCUCGGCCCACUGUCCUUCAUCAUUCUGUCAUACAUGAGUAUUCUAAUCGCUGUGUUCAGGAUGAAAAGCGUUGAGAGUCGUGUGAAAGCGCUGGCCACCUGCACUGAGCACCUCAUUCUAGUGGCAGUAUUCUUCUUUCCGGUUCUGACUAUUUUCAUGGUUGGGUUAUUAGCGCGCAUCAAACCAGACCCUGACCUGCGCGUACUGAGCCUGUCGCUGGCCUCGUGCAUCCCGCCCUGUCUCAACCCCAUCGUCUACUCUCUGAAAACUAAAGAGAUCAAGAGCAAAGUGCUCACCAUGUUCAGGAGAAUUAAAGUUCAAGUAGUUAACGAUUGAUCUUUACGCAUAGGUUGCUACAUAGGUUGCUACGUGCUUGAAGUUACCAUCAAAUCAAAUGUAUUGGGCUGUCCAUAUCAAGGGGUUGAAAUGGGGGAGGACAUGCAUAAAACUCAUACAUAAUUUAUUUGGUCCUUUCGAAGAUUACAUAUCAUGCACUUGGCGUGUCAUUGCUUAAAAGUGAGUUUAUAAUGAGCGAGCAACGUUUUUAAUCUAUCAUCCGUUUUAUUCUCAACAUUUUCAUUGAUUGUGUCAUGGUUGUCCAUCUGAUGAAGAAGGCCCAUCCACACGCACUCCCCCUUGUUAAACACAGAGGUAUCACAGAAAUUAGUAUCAAUGAUUUACAUUUCCCUUUCAGCUUUCCUACACAUUCUGAAAUAACAACACAUUUGCUCAUCCUAAUCCUAUGUUAUCAACCAAAUGUAUUCCCUUGAAAUGGGCAUGGUAGGCUCUAUAACUGACUGAAUGUUCCCAACAUCUUCUAGUAAUAAAGCAGAAAAUCCAACAUACUGUAUCUCUGUAAUGUUUUAUGUUCUGAGUGCUUCAACAGGUUUAAUAAGGCUACCUGGUUGAUACUGUUCUUUUAUCAAUAUGGUCUCAAACAUACUGUAUCUCUGUAAUGUUUUAUUUUCUGAGUGCUUCAACAGGUUUAAUAAGGCUACCUGGUUGAUACUGUUCUUUUAUCAAUAUGGUCUCAAUAUUUGUCACUGUGUUUUUACCUGUUCAAGUCCUGCUCUGUGAAGCUCAUUGGACUGCAAUAUAUUAUAAGAAAGAUGGUAAAGAAAUAAAGUCUAUUAUCAUCAUCAUCAUCAUGCUUUGUGAAAUACAAGCCUUGGCACAAACUGCAGGGUUAGAAACAAGCUCAUUUUAGGAGUGUA